UCCAGAAACUUUGUAUUAUUCACCUACAGUGACCAAGGUGAUCUCCUGGAAGAACAGCCUUUUGUGCAGAAUGACUGCUACUACCAUGGUUAUAUGGAUGAAGACCCAGAAUCCCUGGUCAUUGUUAACACCUGUUUUGGGAGUUUGCAAGGCAUACUAGAGAUAAAUGGCACAACUUAUGAAAUCAUGCCCAAGAGCUCAACUUCAACCUUUGAACAUUUGGCUUACAAAAUUGGAAGUGGGGAGUCAGAAUCAUCUCCCAUGAGAUGCGGGUUAUCAGAAGAAGAAAUAGCACGACAAAUGAAGCUUCAGGAAAGCAAUACCUCCACAUUUUUACAAAUUCCCUAUGAGAAUUGGUGGACUCACCACAGGUUUGUUGAAUAUUUUGUAGUAAUAGACCAUAAACUAUAUGUUCAUAGUACGAACAAUACUACAAGUUCUAUAAAAGAUAUUUUGCAAGUGAUCAAUGAACUAAAUGGUUAUUAUCUUCAAAUAGAUACUGAUGUGAUUUUAACCACUCUUCAAGUGUGGAAUGAAAAAGACCUUGUCAAUGUAGAACAAGAAAUAUCUAAUGUCCUAGAAGAUUUCUGCAAUUGGAAGAUAAACAUGAUUGGCAAUCAUGUUAGACAUGAUAUCAUACACCUUUUUGUCAGACGCAGAUAUGGUCAAUAUAUAGGGCUAUCUAAUGUAGGUACAGUUUGUACCCCUUAUAAUUGUGCAGUUAACAGUUUUGUUUCUGAUGUAAUAUCAGACUUAGCAUUCAUUGUAGCACAUGAGAUGGGUCAUAACUUGGGUAUGAUGCAUGAUGUAAGUGGAUGUUCCUGUGGGUUACCAAAAUGUAUAAUGAACCCAUCUAAAUCGCAUUCCCCAAAAUUCAGCAACUGUAGUUAUGAAGAAAUGAACUCACUUGUUACCACAAGAAGUUGCUUAUACAAUAUUCCAGAAGCACUAGUAACAAACCUGACAGUGUGUGGGAAUAACUUGGUUGAAGAAGGAGAGCAGUGUGAUUGUGGGAGCACUGAAUCCUGUUCAAAAGAUCCAUGCUGUAGCAAAGACUGUGUUCUCAAACCAGGUGCUCAAUGUGCUUUUGGACUUUGUUGCAAAGGUUGCCAGUUCCUUCAAAGAGGCACCAUGUGUAGAGAAGAGAAAACUGAGUGUGACCUUCCAGAGUGGUGCAAUGGAACUUCAGGUGAGUGUCCAGAAGAUGUGUAUAAAGAGGACGGAAACCUUUGCAGUGGUGGUGGUUAUUGCUAUAAAAUGGCAUGUCAUCAACAUGAGGAACAGUGUUGGAAGAUUUUUGGCAAUGGCAGUAGAAGUGCAAAUGAAAUUUGCUACAUGGAAAUGAAUAGACGGGGUGACCGAUUUGGGAAUUGUGGCAAUGAUAGCUCGAAAUAUAGAAGAUGCCAACUCGCUGAUGUACUUUGUGGGAGAAUUCAGUGUGAAAAUGUGAUAGAACUACCCCAAAGGAGAAACCAUGAAACAGUGCAUUAUACUCACUUCAAUAACAUCACCUGCUGGACUAUUGGCUAUCAUUUUGGGAUCACCAUACAUGACUUUGGAGCAGUGAGCGAUGGCACAGCAUGUGCUCCAGAUCAUUUAUGUGUUGACAGAAAGUGUGUCAGCACGUCUGUUCUGGAUGCUAACUGUGUUAUGUGUGCUGUCACAGAAUGGUGUGGCCCAGAUUUAAGGUAACAGCAGUGAAGCUGGACCUGAUAUUUGCUUUAAAAGAAAG